AUACUUCACAAGUAUUAUCUGCCAGGAGAGUUUCUCAUUGCCAGCAUCCUUUCUCAGAUCUACAUUUUCUCCAAUCCAAUAGAAUUCACUAAGCAUCCCUCUGAGGAACUGCUUGAUCAGCCUGUCCAAUUCAGUGCAAGCUGGACCUACCUUGCCUCACUGGAGCUGCUCUCCACACGAGACAGGUCAGUCCCAAACUAUAAAUGUGAUGGUCAGGACAAUACGAUAGCAGUCAUUGGUGGACCUGAGGCUGAGAUAGGUUUCCACAUGGCAACCAUCCUGAGCAACUACAAGAUCCCCCAGUUCACAUACGGUUCUGCUCCUGCAAUAAAUGACCAUAUUCAAGGAGCUUUCUUUCACUGGAUGUUUCCAGACGGGUCCUAUCAAUAUCGGGGCAUUCUCCAGUUACUGCAGCAUUUUCAAUGGACAUGGGUUGGAGUGCUUUUUCAGGAUGAUGACAAUGGAAAUAAGUUUGUACAAAAUGUGCUUCCCGUGUUUUCACAGAGUGGUAUAUGCUUUGACUUUAUAGAAAGAUUCCCAGCACUGCCUUUUUACUGUGAUUUUUCUCAAUUGGUAGAGGAAACAGUUGUAAUACAUAAGGUCAUCAUGGGAGCAACAGCCAAUGUAUUGGUCUUACAUGGUGAAAUCCAGGGCAUGAUGACUUUGAGGAUGUUGCUCCAGUUUUCAGAAUAUGAUGAUCUGCCAACAAAGACCAAAGUCUGGAUCAUGACAGCCCCGGUGGAUUUCACAUCAGUCAGCAUUCAAAGACUGUGGAAAAUAGACUUCCUCCAUGGUGCUAUGUCCUUUGCAGUUCACUCAAACGAGGUGUUGGGCUUCCAGAAAUUUAUUCAAAACCAGAGCCCUACCUCAAGAAAGCAAGAUGGAUUUAUCCAAGUCUUCUGGGAGCAGACAUUUAGCUGUUGGUUCCCUGACUCAAGGACGGAUAAGCCGAUUGAGAAGAAUUGCAGUGGGGAGGAGCAGCUGGAAACUCUUCCUGCAUCUGUUUUUGAAAUGGGCAUGACUGUCCACAGCUACGGUAUCUACAAUGCUGCCUAUGCUCUGGCUCACGCUUUCCAUGCCAUGCAGUUAUCCAAAUUUAAACAUAGAAGACAAGGAAAGCAAAAACUUCUGAAUCAACAGCUGUGGCAGCUCCACCACUUUCUGAAAGGUGUCUCGUUUAACAACAGCGCAGAGGAAACUGUGUCCUUCAACCAAAAAGGGGAAUUAGUAGCGGGAUUUGAUGUUAUAAAUUGGAUCACUUUCAUAAAUGAGUCUUUCCUUAGAGUGAAAGUGGGUAGAAUAGACCCGAAGGCUCCCCCUGCCAAAGUCCUCAUUCUUCAAGAUGAUGACAUUGUGUGGCCCAGGAGCUUUAAUCAGACAUGGCCGCUUUCUUUGUGUAAUGACAAGUGUCAUUCAGGUUACAGAAGAAAAAAGAAGGAAGGGAAACAAUUUUGCUGCUAUGAUUGUAUUCCAUGCCCGGAAGGGAAGAUCUCAAACAAGAAGGAUAUGGAUGACUGCAUACUGUGCCAUGGUGGACAAUACCCAAAUAAUGACCGGGAUCUAUGCCUUCCAAAAGAUAUAAGCUUCUUGUCUUUCGAAGAACCGUUAGGGAUGAGCACCUCCAUUUUUGCUCUUAUCUUUUCUUCCAUCACAGUCUCGGUGCUUGGAAUUUUCAUAAAGCACAAAGACACUCCUAUAGUCAAAGCCAACAACAUAGACCUCACUUACACCCUGCUCAUCUCUCUCCUAUUCUCCUUCCUUUGUGUAUUCCUAUUCAUUGGCCAGCCAGAGAAGUUGACGUGUCUCCUUCGACAACCUGCUUUUGGCAUAAUCUUCUCCAUGGCUGUUUCUUGUAUUUUGGCCAAAACCAUCACUGUGGUGUUGGCUUUCAUGGCCGCAAAGCCAGGAUCCAGUAUGAGGAAAUGGGUGGGGAAAGGAUUGGCCAUUGCCAUUGUUCUGUGCUGCUUCACGAUUCAAGCCACUAUCUGCACUGUGUGGCUGGCAACUUCUCCUCCAUUUCCAGAUUCAGACAUGCACUCAAUGGCUAAAGAAAUUAUACUGGAAUGUAAUGAAGGCUCAGCCACCAUGUUUUACUAUGUUCUUGGUUUUAUGGGUUUACUUGCCUUCGUCAGCUUUACAGUGGCUUUCCUAGCCAAGAAGUUACCCGACAGUUUUAAUGAAGCCAAGUUCAUCACCUUUAGUAUGUUGGUCUUCUGCAGUGUUUGGUUGUCCUUUGUUCCAACUUACUUGAGCACGAAAGGAAAAUACAUGGUGGCUGUGGAGAUCUUUUCCAUCUUGGCCUCUAGUGCUGGUUUACUGGGUUGCAUCUUUUCCCCCAAAUGCUACAUCAUAGUCGUGAGGCCUGAUCUGAACAACAAGGCACAGCUCAUUAGAAGAAAGCAUUAA